CCUCCUAUUGAUUUUACAUGUUAAGAGGUCUCUUUGAAGAGCAUAGGUUUGUUCUCUCUCACAUCCUUCCCUCCCCCCUUUUUAUCAUUCCCAGCACAUAGUGUGCAUACGCCCAGCCAGUGUCUGUCUCCCGGCAUUGCUGCUGUCUGACUGUAGUAUAUAAAUAUAUAGCUUAAAUAAUGCUAUAUGCAAUCCUAAAAUCCUGCGAGGACACUCUGGUGCUGAUGAAAUUGUCUGGGAUUUAAUCUGUGUUUGCCCUAGAUUUUCAAACAGGAAACAAAGCCAGCUCUUCCCUUUGUUGUUGUCGCUGAUUCCUAUGGCAAAUGAGACACCCUUUAUCCAAAAGCUGCAACUGAACUACAUGGGGGAAGCAAACACACUUCUGCACUACAGUGGUCUGGCCAGAAGAGAGAAUCACCCUUCCAAAAAGGAGGACUUAACUGUUACUUAGUUUUGAAUGAAUUGCCCCUGCCAGGAAUCUCACCCAAUUUACAUGUCCAUCAAACUGACUUGCACAAAAGUUCACUCAAACCAUAGUGCCUUUCCUGAGUAUCUUGGUUACGUCAGAAGCAACAAUGAUACGAGUUUAUUGGUUUCUCCUUUGGUGGUGGCUGGGAUAGUGAUAGGCCUGGUUCUAUUUCUGUCCUGUGUCACCAUCAUUAUCGGAAGUCUGAGGAAAGAUGGAGGAGUAAGAGACUGGCACCUUGAGGCGGAACCCAGUUAUGAUGGAAUUUCAUAUGCAGCAUCUAUUGGAGACCUGAGAUCUGCCUGCCCUGGGGAUUUAACUCCAACAUUUGGAUUUGGCUCCUACCUGGAGCUUAAUGUUUCCUACCCAGAUGCCCCACCUUGUUAUGAGGACUGUGUUGGGGAAGGAGCGAUGGAACUGUACCCUCCUACGGAUGACCCACCACCCUACUCUUUGGAAAAUCCACAUCUAAGUAAUGAAUUGGCCCUUAGCAUUGGCACAGAAGAUACACCUUGGACAACGCAAGAGAGUUCAGGUCAUCUGCUGCCUACACCAUUGUUGUCCUCUCUCUGGCUCCACUUUGCUCCACCAUACAGAACUAGAAGCAAGAUGAGCGUACACAGUCCUGUAAUAUCAGUGGAUGCAUAAAAGACCCACACUGACCCCUUUGCGAGAUGGAAUGUUUAACUGAAACCAUUACAGUGUUUAUAAAUAUUAAAAAUGUCAAUUUAUUCAAUGCAAAAAAA